AUGUUGAUCCGGCUCUAUACCCUCUUUAUUGCUGCGCUGCUUGCCUGCUACGUCGCAGCCACACCAUUGCGCCCUGAAAUACCACGCAUAGUGGGCAAGUCAUGGCUCCCUCCAUGGUUGUUCCCUAAGCCUACUACUUCAACCAAGCCGGCCACGUCAACGACUAAGCCUGCAACCACCACAACUAAGCCAAUCACUACUACAACCAAACCGGCCACUACUACGACCACGCCUGCAACCACAACAACUAAACCAGCUACUACUACGACCACCCCUACAACCACAGCCACGCCUACAACUACGGCCACGCCCACCACUACCUCAACUUCAACCUCAACUUCAACCUCAACCUCAACCUCAACUAGCCCCACAGUCCCUCCCACUCAACCUGCUGCGGUGAUACCGGUUGGUCAAAUUAUCAAGAGCUGCACAGUUAAAGGCGACGUCGCAAUUACCUUUGAUGAUGGCCCUUACGAAUAUACAAGCAAGCUACUAGAUAUCUUUGACCAAAACGGAGCCAAGGCAACGCUUUUCAUGAAUGCUCAGAACUUUGGCACCAUUACGGACUAUAGCGAUGUAGUGCUGCGAGCGUUUAACGAAGGACACCAGAUCGGAUCGCAUACCCCCUUGGUUCUACAGACGAUGGCCGAUCUCAAGUUCCAUGUUAUCGAAGUUGACAUUGAUACCAAGGACUAUGAGAAUGAUACGCCCGCUGGUGCCUCUGUCAGCUUUAGCAAUUUCAAGAAUGGGCUAAACGCAGGUGGAAGCAUGGUAUUGGCCCACGAUGUGCAUCAAACGACCGUCGACGUGCUAAUACAACAAAUGCUGGAUGAGUUGAAGAGUAGGGGUUUGAAGGACUCCCACCGCAACCCCUACCCCUACCCCAACCGCAACCUCAACAUCUACGCCAACAGCUACUAA